AUGAUUCUAUACAUUUUGCUCAGCCUGACUUUCGUCGGGCUUGUUAUUUUGGCCCGGCGCAGUCUAUACCCCAAACCGUAUCCCGGCAUACCAUACAACAUCGAAUCGGCACGCCGCAUCACUGGUGAUAUCCCCAACCUCGUUCCUGUUAUUCGGGCAACCAAUGAAUUCUCGAAUUCGAUAUUCUCCAUCACCACGCAGAAAUUAGGGCAACCAAUUGCACAAUUGUUGUUCCCUGGCAUACGGAAGCCCUUGAUCAUACUAGAGGAUCCUCGAGAAAUUGAGGACAUCAUCGUGCGGCGCAACAAGGAAUUCGACAAGGCACCGAUGUCUAUUAAUCUUUUAUAUGACAUGUUUCCCAAUGCAACUUUGACUCAAUAUACAACGCCUAAACUAAAAGCUCAGAAGCGCCUGUGGGCCACUGUCAUGAGCGCCGAGUUUCUUCACAAGGCUGCCGCCCCCAAUAUUUACAAGUCCACGUUUGAAUUGUUGGAGCUAUGGCGACUAAAAGCUUGUACCGUGUUCAGGGACCGGCCCUUUAAUGCUUUUGAAGAUUUUCAGAAUGCUGCCUUGGACGCCAUCUGGGUAGCAGUAGUGGGCGAGGAGCCCGGUGUCACGAGGCAUGAGGUUGAAAAACUGCAGAGCCAAACCGCAGGCGACGGGAAGCUUCAGAAACCACCUCGAGGUGCCUUUCUCAAGGAAGAAGCACUCUACAUUGGCGAUGCCAUUUCUCGAAACUCUAAUGCUCCAGUCCCGAAAUGGUCGCAGAAGCUAGAGACCUACACACCUCGAUUCCGUAAAUUUCGACGUGUUGCCGACGCCGAGAUAGGUUUGGUGAUGAAAAGAGCCGUCGAUCGAUUUCAACGCCUCGAAGUGGGAACACUAGAGGCUGACGGGUCUGAUACCUGUAUGAUGGACUUGGUUCUCAGAAGACAGGUCCUCGAGGCCAAGAAAGCCAAGCGCCCCAUGACUGAUCCGACAAAAGAUCGAAACAUGUUGGACGAGAUGUUUGUCAUGCUUGUUGGGGGUCUUGAUUCCACCGCCAAUGCGCUUACGUGGUUUGUCAAAUUCAUGGAAGCAUACCCUACUGUACAAGACGAGUUGCGCCGGGCUUUGAAGGCUGCCUUUUCCAGCACGGAGCCUUCCAUUGAAGAUAUACUCGAAGCAGAAAUCCCCUAUCUUGAGGCCGCCUGCGAGGAAAGCUUCCGUCUCUCUGGUGUUGCCAAGGGCAGUCUCCGCCAGGCGAUUGUAGACACGGAGAUUCUUGGCUGCAAAAUACCAAAGGGCGCCGAGAUUUUCAUGAACUAUCAUUUCAACCACGCGCCUGUUCCUGUCGACGAGUCGAAGCGGACUCUCAGCAGCAAGGCGGCUGCGAGCAAGUUUGGAGACGGAAUCCAUGGUACGUCGGGCCAUGAUCUCGGAGUUUUCGAGCCGAGGCGGUGGCUAGUCAGGGAUGAGAAAACGGGCGCAGAUGUUUUCAACCCGUAUGCCUUGCCAUCGCUGGCCUUUGGUGGAGGCUUUCGAGGAUGCGCAGGGCGUAAACUGGCUACAAUGGAAUUCCGCAUUGUCGUUACGCUGCUAAUUCUCAAUUUGAAAUUCCUCGAUUUGCCCGAAGACCUCAAAACUUUGAGCGCUACUGAGAAGAUCUUCCGGCAGUCUGACAAGCCGUUUGUGCGACUUGAAGUUCUGUAA